AUGACGAUGCUCAUGACGGCGGUGGCGGCCAGUACUUGUGACAGCAGAUGGAGCAUGGCUUCCUUAAGCGCUCCUCUCCCUAGUCCUUCUUUGGAUUCUUCUAAUCCUCCAAUUGUCUGUAUACGAUUCCAAUCCUCUUGUACGUCCCACGCCAUCGCCGUCUCUCGCCAUAGCUCACCACUGCACUCUUUUGCCGGACGUGCUCCUCUUAACCCACUCCUUUCCCUUGGCUUUACUUGUAAUUUCCCGCUUCCUACUACUUCCACAUUUGACUUCGUCGCUAUAAUUCAUUUCGCGACCAACGAUUCGCGCAACCAUUGCUUCCCUUCCAUUGACAAUGGGUCACGAUUCUUCACAAUGAGACAUGGGAAGCGAAUUGCAAGGCUCGAUCGAUCUCCAGACCAACAAAAAACACUGUUGAGAGGUCUCACCACGCAGUUGUUAAAACACGGUAGGAUCAAAACCACUAGAGCUCGGGCUAGCGCCAUGAGGAAGUUUGUUGACAAGAUGAUUACAUUAGCCAAGGAUGGGUCACUUUACAAGAGGAGACAUGCAAUGGGUUUCAUUUAUGAGAAGCAGAUUGUACAUGCCCUGUUCGCAGAAGUCCCGGACAGAUAUGGGGAGAGAAAUGGCGGAUACACCAGAAUUAUCAGAACUCUGCCUAGGUUUGGGGACAAUACCCCCAUGGCAUACAUUGAACUCGUCUAA